AUGAUCAAUUCAGUGGAUUGAUCACCUUGAAGGGUGCGCGUGUGCUUGUAUUGUGGCGCGUGCGCGUUUGUCGGGUAGCUUACUGAUAGGGGUUCGUUUUCACCCCUUGUUCCCCUUUCGUUCGACAUAGUAACCCUCGCGUUUUAUUCAAGCAUACCGACCCUGAAAUCUCGCAAUUUUUCGAGCACGCGAAAAAUCUUCACGGACGUUACCGACAAAGUGGUCGCGCUGCGGAUCUUGUGUUUCGUUUCCGCAGUGCAAACCAGCGAAAAAUUAUUGAUUUCCCUUCAUGAGCGAAGGUUGUUCGACAAUUUGCUGAACACUACUCGGAGCAUACCUGCUGCGAAGGAGUAUUUUACAGAAAUAAUAUAUAAUCUGCGGCAAUUUUCAAAAACAAAGAUGAAGAUCGGAUUAUUGAAAAACUUUUUGCACUACUUCAACUUAAGGCAGGGAACAAUACUAAUUGCCAUAUUUCAAUUGUUUUCAUCCGGAUUCAGUAUGAUAUUUUUCAUUCUGGCGUUAGCACAUGCAAUGGGGAUUCAAGAAAUGGUGGUAAGAGAUACCGAAGAUGCUCUCGAAAGAGAGGCUUUGGAAGAAAUAUCAUCGAAUCAUCUCAACACCAAAAAAAUGGAUUUGGCACAUCACAACGCAACUGAAAUGGUAUAUGCAAUGUACUGUGGCCUUGUCAUAACUGUUAUUCACUUCAUCUCCACCAUGUUACUUCUCUAUGGAGCUUUGACGAAUAACCGUCAUUUUAUGGCGCCUUGGAUGAUGGUCAAAAUCACUAUCAUAUCGGCCCUAGCGAUCUCACUAUUUCUGGUAGAAGAAGACUGUCCUUUCCUCGCCACUUUAGGCGGGAGAGCGGGUAUUUGCGAACGUCUUAUCGCCUUUUUCCUGAUAAUUAUGAGCUUUUACGUUUGGUUUGUCGUCUAUAGUACUUAUAAGAGUCUCGAGACAAAAAAAGGACUCACACACGAAGUGCACAGUAUGAAAAAAAAAUACGCGGUUCCUGUAUCACUGGAGGUACCAAAAGCAAUCCAGGUUUCAGCGAACAAACCCUACGAGCUUUAAAAAUAUUAUGAGGAUAGAGCAAUAAGAAAUUUGUUCAUGGAUGAGAAAAAUUGUGACUUCAUAAAGAUGCGAGAUUUAAUCCCGAAGAGUUCUCCAUGGCAUGUAUUUUCAAGAGAAAAUUAUGUGCUUUGAAAGAAAUCGUGAUAUUGGGAUAUAGCAAUUUAGAGAUGAUUGCAAAAUCGCAAAAGAAAAGUGCAUUAUGUUGUAAGUGAAAAAUUAAUUAACAGCGUGAAUGCAGAAAGUUUCGUAAUAAAAUGUAUAUUCGACGUAGAACUUGAGAUAAUUGAAAAAAUAUUGCUGUACAAAAUCCGAAAAUUUCUGCAAAGGACAAGCUUCUUAUAUUUAAAUGUUUCUUCUUGUUCUUGCCUUGUUAUGUGCUUCUUUGCGUUAAAACGGUUCUUUAAUCCGACGCUAGUGACGCACAGAUGCUAGUGUCGUUAUACUUAAAUCAUCUAAUUAAAAAACUUGCAUAUCCACUAUACACGUAUGACACAUGUAAGUUCUGGAUUUUCACCUGUCAGGAUUCUGAUACAUAAAAUAAUCGCGAUCAAGAUUAAUCUCACUGCUAUACAAAUGCGCACUUCCUUUCGCGCGUAAGACUGAAUUUAAUUUUUUAAUAUAUUUUUAAUAUAAUAUACGAAAUAUUCUCAAGAAGAUUUUCGCUCGAUAGAUAGUGACUUGACAAUGUAAAAAAAAAACUUUACGAAUUAUAGAUUAAUUUACUAAGAAAAUAGCGGUAGGACUCCGCGAGUCAUGGCAUAAACAUAUAUAUAAUUUGUUUUAUUUCAUAUUUGAACCCAGCUUCUUUGUGAAAUUACAACUUUGUUAUUUGCGGUAAUAAUAUUAUAAGUAUGAUAUAAAGUUUGUAGGAUCACUUCGUGUGUAUAUGUAUAUUAAAUGUAUGGAAAAACGUAAAAAUAAAAAAUACAUUCUAGUAUGAUA